AUGCCCGGCAAGGUCAAGGCGUACGAACUCCAAUCCAAGUCCAAGCCCGACUUGGCCAAGCAGCUCGCUGACUUGAAGAACGAGCUCCUUACUCUGCGGGUGCAGAAGAUUGCUGGUGGAUCUGCCUCAAAACUCACCAGAAUCAACACUGUCCGCAAGUCUAUUGCCCGGGUAUUGACUGUCACCAACCAAAAGGCCCGCCAAAACCUUCGCGAAUACUACAAGAACAAGAAGUACCUCCCCCUCGACCUCCGACCCAAAAAGACCCGCGCUAUUCGCAGAAGGCUGACGAAGCACGAGGCAUCGCUCAAGACCUUGAAGCAGCAGAAGAAGGAGCUCAACUUCCCAACAAGGAAGUACGCUGUGAGAGCAUAA